AUGACCCAGAGAAGAAUGGCCUUAGGCAAUGACUCUUCAGUGAAGGAAUUCAUCCUGCUGGGCUUGACACAGGAGCCAGAGCUGCAGCUGCCUCUAUUUUUCCUCUUUUUGGGAAUCUAUGUGAUCUCCACAUUGGGGAACCUGGGCUUGAUGGUUCUGAUUGUUUUGAAUCCUCACCUGCACACCCCCAUGUACUACUUUCUCUUCAACCUUUCCUUCAUUGAUUCCUGCUCCUCUUCUCUCAUAACCCCUCAAAUCAUGGUGAGUUUUGUGAAGCAGAACAUCAUCUCCCAUGCUGAGUGCAUGGCUCAGCUCUUUUUUUUUGCCUUCUUUAUUAUUGAUGAAUGCUACAUUUUGACAGCCAUGGCCUAUGACAGAUAUGCUGCCAUCUGUAAACCCUUGCUUUACCAGGUGACCAUGUCCCAUCAGGCCUGCAAUUUGAUGCUUGUGGGUGUGUAUGUGAUCGGGUUUGUGGGAGCCAUGAUCCAUACUGGCAGUGUAUUAAGUCUAACCUUCUGUGAUGGCAACAUCAUCAAUCACUAUGUGUGUGAUGUAGUUCCUCUCCGGAAGCUCUCUUGCACAAAUACUGCCACCAAUGAGCUGGUGGUUUUCAUUGUUGUUAGUAUCAAUGUCAUAGUGCCCACCCUGGCCAUAUUUAUUUCUUACACCUUGAUACUCUUCAACAUCCUUGGCAUCCGUUCUGCAGAGGGUAGGUCAAAAGCCUUCAGUACCUGUGGCUCCCAUGUAAUAGCGGUUUCUCUUUUCUUUGGAGCCUCAUCAUUCAUGUAUCUGAAGCCGACUAGUUCAUCUGUGGAUGAUGAUAAAGUAGCUACCAUUUUUUAUACCAUUAUGGGCUCAAUGCUGAAUCCUCUCAUCUACAGUUUAAGAAAUAAGGAUGUUCACAUUGCACUGAGAAAAACUUUGAAGAAAAGGAUUUUUACCUAAGUAGAAUCUGUAUUUGUUCUGUAAGUAAAUCUUAGGACCUGUGAAGCAUAGGACUGGAAGAGUUGCUAAUUUGUAGAGCAUUUGUUUCUUUGUGUGAGGUCCUGGAUUUGACCCACUGUUUUCAAAAUCUUCAAUGAAAACAACAAC